AGGAUAUUUUUGUGUUCUUUGUCAAAAUCAAAAGUAAUGUUAAAUUAAUGAGAAACAUUUGAUUGGAAUAUGAUUCGUGCCAAGAAAUGCUGCUUCUGUAUGUCACUGCAAACGGGAUGCAUUCUUUUCGCCAUAUUUGAAUUGUUCUGUGCUGGCAUGAACUUAGACUAUAUUUUUAACCUACUAAAUAGUACGAUUUCCUAUGAGGCCAAAUAUACCUUUCCAGCUCAAGUAACGCUGACAAUAUUGCAGGUAGUGCCUGAUGUGUUGACCGCCGUGGCUUCCUUUUUCUUGUUAGGCGCCAUCAUAUCGCAAUAUCUUCCGGUCUUCUGGGUGCCUAUGGGUCUUUAUAUGGUCCAGGCCACGUAUCUAGUGGUAUUCAGUUUAAUUUCAUCUGCGAUGGGCAAAAAUUUGAUUGUCAACCAGAGCGUCUGGCAUAAUGUGACCUUUUGGAUAUAUGUAAUCGCUUGGCUGGGAAUGACAUUGUAUCUUCUGUACAUCACCUACUCUUAUUACCGGGAACUAAAAGAUGACUUAACACCAAAUAGCAACGUUGUACAAUGAUUGGAAAUACAAUUAUUUUGUUA